AUGACGUCCAAAGAUACUGUUGAUUUAAACUCCCUCAGAAGCACAUAUGAUUCAAACUUAUUGCCUCGCGAAAUCUUUUCAAAAUGGUCUUACGUUUUAAUCAAUUAUAAGGUAUUCUCCUCACUUUUAGCCCUCGAGUUACUCUUCUUCGGUUCUUUGUAUUGUUUUGAAAUACGCUCAAAAGAUAUUGCGAUCCUCACCUUCAUAAUUGGCAUUAUUUUAGUGGCAUUUACUGGAUUUAUUACGUAUCUUUGUUCUCGGGAUACUGGGUUGACAGACGAGAACAAAUUGGUUUUUUUGAAGGAAGUCACAGUCGCAAGACCUGGGAUUGAUAAUGAAAGAUGGAACGUUGUUGCUCGGCGACUAAACCCCAUAUUUUAUCAAAACUCUAGAUCAGCAACGGCUUAUUUUUUCUAUGAUGGGGAAGGCAUGUGCGUCGUGCUUCAGACGAAACUUCCUUGA